AUGAAUUUUAUGCUUAAUAGAGUUCACGCAAGCAGAACUCGAUUCCAUACGCAAAAUGCCUUUGGCUUAACACUCCCUAGAAUAUCAAUCUAUCUAGACUAUCAAAUCUUUGCUCCAGGACAAGCUUCUAGUCGUGGUAUUGAUAAUCUUUGUUAUAUUCUUGAAAACAAUAUCACUCCAUUUAAUAUUUCAUUGGUAUGGACGUUCGACGAUAAGUUGAAUGAAGGAUUAGUAAAACACGAAUUUCAAAAUUUGAUUAAAAAAUUUCCUAGGUAUUCUUGUAUAUUGGAAAAUGAAAAUUCCAUUUAUCUUCGAUGGAAAUACGUUCCAAACUUCGAUGUAUCAGAAAAUAUUGAAGUACAUACAUUACCAACUGGAACACCAACCGAAUUUUACGAAUGCGCGACGAAAUGUGUUUCAGUAAGACUAGAUAAUAGUAGACCACUUUGGAGAGCUUAUAUUAUUAAUGGAUUAAAUUUUGAAAAUAAAGGAGAAGAAAACGAAAAUGACAAAACGACGAAAAAACAACGAUCAGCUUUAAUAUUGAUAUCACAUCAUCUUAUCGCUGAUGGGCAAGGUGCGAUGCACGCAAUCAUGACAUUGACAUCGGAUGGACAAAAACAAUUGGAGGAAACAAUACAAUAUUUUAAAGAGCGUAUUAAAAAAUCUGAAAAAAAUGUGCAAGAACAAGUGUCAACAAUAAUUCCUGGAUUCACAAAGAUUAAUUUAAUUGCAAAUAAAUUACCAGAUUUUUUAUUUAGCAGUUAUUUGAUUCUUUUAAAAGUUAUUUUAUUUAUUUGGUCAUUUGUAAUUGGGAUUUAUGAAAUGACCUAUGCGCAAAUAAGAAUGUUAAACAGUUAUAGCAAGAAAAAAAACUUUAAUUUAGAAUGUGAUGAAAACCAUCCAACAACUCUAUGGUGGUCAAAUGAAAUUCCCUUCAGUGAAAUUUCUAUUGCUCGUAAAGCCUAUGGGGUUUCAUUUAAUGAUGUUAUGGUUGCAAUAGUUACACGCGCGGUUAGAAGUUAUUUAAUAGAAUUAAAGCAGCAAGAACCACUUGAAUCUGAAUUCGUAUAUUUUAUGCCAAUUUCAAUGCGUACUUCAACAGAUUUUGAAUGCAAUAACGUCGCAAGUGGAAAUAUUGCAUUUUCACCUUUAAGUGAUAAUCUCUCAACUAAAUCUCUUAUGGAAAAAGUGAAUUUAGAAACAAGCAGAAUAAAACGAAAUUGGUAUCCAAUAUUAAUGUACUUAGCUUUUGAAUAUGUUAUACCGGCAGGAUUACUUAAUAGAACAUUAUUACACAAUCUUACCAAGUGUUACCACGCUGUUGUAACAAACGUACCUGGUCCAAUUAAACCAAUUACAUUUGCCGGACAGCAAGUUAAAAGAUUUAUUGGAAUGCCACCACAAGCUUCACCGGGAGGUUUAGCUAUUGGAGUAAUAUCGUAUGAUAAAAAUGUUACAAGAUGCUAA